AUUCUGCACCAUCUAGUAUUUAACUUAGUUAUCACAUUACAGGUAUCUGUAAAUAUUAAAUUGUCAAACCAUACGUCAGUUUCAAAUUUGUUGGUUAGGUUAUUGGUGCAUUUAAAAAAAAUACCACGAAAAUGGUGUUUUAUUUUGAAAGCAGUGUAGUAUCGCCACCCAGCAUCAUUUUUAUGGGUAUUGAUAAAUACGAAAACGAAGACCUCAUUAAAUGGGGCUGGCCUGAAGAUGUCUGGUUUCACGUUGACAAAGUUUCUUCUGCCCAUGUGUAUCUAAGGCUUAAACCUGAACAAACAAUAGAUGAUAUACCAUCAGCUGUUUUGGAAGAUGCUGCUCAGUUAGUGAAGGCAAACAGUAUAAUGGGAAAUAAAAUGAACGAUGUCGAUAUUGUUUACACAAUGUGGGCAAAUUUGAAAAAAACUCAAGGAAUGGAAGUGGGGCAAGUGGGCUUUCAUAAGGAAAGAGAAGUUCGAAAAAUCAAAGUCGCCAAAAGAAUAAAUGAGGUGGUUAAUAGGCUAAACAAAACUAAACGGGAAGAACACCCAGAUUUUAGAGCUGAAAGAGAGAAACGGGACAGACUAGAAAGAGAAGACAAAAAAAAACUAAUCAGAGAUCAAAAGGAGAGAGAAAAGGAUGAGGAGAAAAAGCGACAAGAGGAUGCUGAACUAAGAAGCUACAACUCCCUAAUGAAUACAGACAACAUGUCCAAAUAUGAUGAUGGGAAUGAUUCUGAUGAUUUUAUGUAAAUCUGCAUUUAAUUUGUAUUUUUGUAAAUAAAGAAAACGGUACUCUAC